AUUGGAACAAAUGUUGUCCGCUAUAUAUAUACAAUGAAAUAUCAAGUCACCAACCAGUAAAUGAAGCUCCAGCCAUUAUAUCCCACACCAUGAAACAAGAUUCCCAAAUACCUUUCCCACUCAUGACACCAAGACCUUUGUUUCUGUUUCCUGUACUUACCUUUUUUCUUCUCAUUGUCUUCCAUGGAGCUGAAGCUAACAACAUUAAUGUUACUCGAGUAGGUUUGAUCAUUGAUGUUAAUACCCGUAUUGGAAAAGAAGAGAGAAUAGCAAUGGAAAUUGCAGCUCAGAACUACAACGCCAGUUCAAAGACUCACAAACUGUCUCUCUAUAUGGAGGACCCCUUCAGAGUCACUUCUGCUGCGGAAGAGAUGAUUAAAGACAAAAAGGUGAAAGUUAUUAUUGGCAUGCACACAUGGCAUGAAGCAGCUCUAGUAGCCAAUCUUGGAGGUCAAGCUAAUGUUUCAGUUAUUUCCUUUGCUGCUCCAGCCAUCACUCCACCACUAAUGCCACUUCGCUGGCCUUUCUUGAUACAAAUGGCUACAAAUGGUUCGGAACAAAUAAAAUGCAUUGCGGAUAUUGUUCAUGCAUACAAUUGGCAAAGGGUCGUAGUGAUUUAUGAAGAUGAAGCAUAUGGUGGUGAUUCUGGGAAGUUAUCACUCUUAUCUGAGUCUCUUCAAAAUGUUGGUUCAGAGAUUGAGUACCGUUUGGUCCUUCCACCAUUUUCUUCUUUGCCUGAUCCACCAGAAGGGUUUGUUCAUGAAGAGAUGGUUAAGCUUCUGAAAACACAGUCUCGGGUUUUUAUUGUUCUUGAUUCAUCACUAGAAAUGGUGAUUCACUUGUUCAAACAAGCUAAGGAGACGGGACUUGUAAAAGCAGAAUCCGUUUGGAUAAUUCCAGAUACCAUUACAAGUUUGUUGGGCUCUGUUAGCAAUUCAGUUAUUUCCUCUAUGGAAGGUGCUUUAGGAAUCAAAACCCACUAUAUUGAAGGCAGCUCAAAGUACCAAGAUUUUCGUGCGCAAUUCCAGAAAAUUUUCAGAACUGAAUAUCCAGAGGAAGAUAAUUGCGAACCUGGGUUUUUUGCUCUGCGAGCAUAUGAUAGCAUCGGAAUUGUUAUACAAGCAAUAGAAAGAAUGACUAGUAACACUAGUAGCCCAGAGAUGUUGCUACACAAUAUGUUAUCAAGCAAUUUCUCUGGUUUGAGUGGCAAAAUAUAUUUUGAUGAAAGCCAGCUAUCAGAACCUCCUGUUUUGAGGAUUGUAAAUGUGGUUGGGAAGAGAUACAAAGAAAUAGACUUCUGGACACCAGGCUUUGGGUUCUCUGUGAACCCUUUAAAAGAAAAAAUUGAAGAGAGAAAUGGAAGUGGAAAUAUUAAUGAUACCACAAAUACUUUGGUUGGUCCAGUAAUUUGGCCAGGGAACUUAAAUCAAACUCCAAAAGGUUGGGAAAUGCCUACUGCAGCAAAGCGAUUGAAAAUUGGUGUUCCAGGCAGAACAACAUUUGAUAAGUUUGUGAAGGUCGAACCCAAUAAAAACUAUUAUGAUGGUUUCUGCAUUCAAAUGUUCCAAAAGGCGUUAAAACUAUUAGGAUAUGAUUUGCCUUACAUAUUUGAGGCCUAUAAUGGCACCUACGAUGACCUUGUUCAUCAUGUCUAUAAUAAGACUUAUGAUGCUGUCAUUGGUGACAUGACCAUACUAGCCGACCGGUUGCAAUAUGUGGAUUUUACCCUUCCAUAUGCUGAGUCAGGUAUGGCCAUGAUUGUUCCAACAAAACCUGAAGGACCGCUAUUGAUGUUUACGAAGCCUUUCACCAGGGACAUGUGGUUGGUGACUGCUGCUAUCAUGAUAUACACAAUGCUCAUUGUUUGGUUCUUGGAGCGCCAAUCCAAUCCAGAAUUUAGUGGCCCAUGGAAGAAUCAGAUUAGCACUGCACUUUGGUUUACCUUCUCGUCCUUGUUCUUUGCACAUAGGGAAAAAAUCAAUAACAACUCCACACGUUUGGUGAUUGUAGUGUGGCUGUUUAUCGUGUUGAUCCUAACCUCAAGCUAUACUGCUAGUCUAUCUUCUAUGCUCACUGUUCAAAAACUGCGACCAAAUGUCACAAACAUUGAGUUUUUAAAGGCAAACAACUUGAAAAUUGGUUGCGAUGGAGACUCAUUUGUUAGGAAUUAUUUGGAGAAUGUGAUUAAAUUCAAGCCAGAAAAUAUUGUGAACGUCAGCAGUGAAGACCAAUAUCCAGGGGAAUUCAGAAGCAACAACAUAGCUGCGGCCUUUCUUGAACUACCAUAUGAGAAAGUUUUCCUUAAUAAGUAUUGCAAGGGAUACACUGCUAUCAUACGAACCAACAGAUUUGGAGGAUUGGGCUUUGUCUUCCCGAAAGGCUCGCCAAUUGCAAGGGAUUUUUCUAAAGCAAUUUUAAAGCUAUCAGAGACAGGAGAGACAAAGUUUCUUGAGGAUGAAUGGUUGACUCCCUCACAUGAAUGCUUAACCAACACAACUUCCAGCGAACCUGAAAGCUUGGGCCUCCAAAGCUUCGGGGUUCUCUAUCUAAUAUCUUUUGCCACUUCAACCAUCUGUCUAUUUCUAUCCCUAAUUUUCUUAACCAAAAGUCGUGAGCAACAUCAAGAUGCUACUGAAGGAAAUGCAACUCCUGACGAAGAGAGAGCUUGGAAGGAGGCAGUUAAAAUGGUUAGAGAGUUUUAUAUCAGAAACCCAGGAAGAGGCACAACUCUGGCAGAUACAACUCAAGACACAACGGAUGUAAAUGAUUGCUCUUCCAGGUGGGAAUUCAGUAGCACUUUUGACACUCCAGAGCACCUUGAAUUUGAGUCCUCCUUGCCAGUACAAAUUGAAAUGCAAUCAAACUCCUGAUCAUUAAAAAGAAACACAAAUAUUUGAAAGCAAUCUUUGAUAUUAAGUUUUUUGGGCACUUCGAGUUCCAUCACAAGU